UGCCGAGGGUCACAUGACCGAAAGUGCAGGAGGCGGAAGUGGAGAAGGGGAUCCAGUCAUGGCAACUGCAAGCUCCGGACAGGCUAACAAUGGUCAGAAAUUACACCUUAAUCUCAAAGUGAAGAACACCCCGAUGCGGCUCAGCAUUCAGGCAGAACACAGAGGCAGCGCAGAGUCCAGUGGAAAGAGGAGCACAGAGCAGGACGAGGCCUGCGCAGACCCGGGACCGGCUCCUGAGGAUGAAACAUCGGAUGGCGAGAUGAUAUUCGAGAAUGGUCACUUCGCUCUAGACAAAGUCAGGGAUUGCAACUCUCAUUCUCAAAAUGCCGAGAACAACUCAUCAGCCAAAGCACAGAAUGGCUCCAGCGAUAUCACUUUACUGGUGAAUGGGGAUCAUUCCCACGCACCACCCACCAUAGAUGUAAUCUCUACAGGUGGCACAUUAUCCACUAGUGUGACCAGCUCUACGCCCUCGCCAGGGUCAGGCUUACCUCCUGUGACCAAUGGGGAGUCCUCCGGAGCUGAGUCAUUGCAAUCCACUUCAGCCACUCCAUCUUCAGACGGCUUGCCGGCGGGAUGGGAACAGAGAAUGCUGAGCAACGGACGUGUUUAUUACGUAGACCAUAACACAAAGACCACCACGUGGGAACGACCUCUGCCGCCUGGAUGGGAAAAGCGGGUGGACAGUCGAGGGCGAUACUACUACGUCGACCACAACACUCGCACCACGACGUGGCAGAGACCUACGGCCGAAUACGUCCGCAACUACGAGCAAUGGCAGUCUCAGAGGAACCAGUUGCAGGGGGCAAUGCAGCAGCUGAGUCAGCGCUACCUGUACCAGUCCCCGGCUGGCGCACCAGACGCCGAUCCUCUUGGACAACUACCGAAUGGAUGGGAAAAGCGACAGGACAAUGGGAGAGUCUAUUACGUGAACCACAACACAAGGACCACACAAUGGGAAGAUCCACGCACUCAGGGUAUGAUUCAGGAGCCAGCGCUGCCUCCAGGAUGGGAAAUGAAGUACACCAGCGAGGGAGUUCGCUACUUUGUGGAUCACAAUUCUCGUACCACAACAUUUAAGGAUCCCAGGCCUGGCUUUGACUCAGGGGUUAAACCUGGAGGUUCACCUGGAGCCUAUGACCGAAGCAGAAGCUUCCGCUGGAAAUAUCAUCAGUUCAGGUUCCUGUGCCAUUCAAACACCCUCCCCAGUCAUGUGAAGAUCAGUGUAUCACGACAGACCUUGUUUGAAGACUCCUUCCAGCAGAUCAUGAACAUGAAGCCCUACGAUCUCCGCCGUAGGCUUUACAUCAUUAUGCGCGGUGAAGAAGGUUUGGACUAUGGCGGCAUUGCUAGAGAGUGGUUCUUUUUACUGUCCCAUGAGGUUCUGAAUCCCAUGUACUGCCUGUUUGAAUACGCGGGGAAAAAUAACUACUGCCUGCAGAUAAACCCGGCCUCGUCCAUCAACCCAGACCACCUGACCUACUUCCGCUUCAUCGGCCGCUUCAUCGCAAUGGCUCUGUACCAUGGCAAGUUCAUAGACACUGGAUUUACUCUGCCUUUCUACAAGAGGAUGCUGAACAAGAAACCAACGCUGCAAGACCUGGAGUCCAUUGACCCGGAGUUCUACAAUUCCGUUAUUUGGAUCAAGGAGAAUAAUCUGGAGGAAUGUGACCUGGAGCUAUACUUUGUUCAGGACAUGGAGAUAUUAGGAGAAGUGACCUCCCAUAAGCUGAAAGAGGGUGGGGAAAACAUCCGCGUGACAGAGGAGAAUAAAGAAGAAUUUAUCACACUCCUUACAGACUGGAGAUUUAUGCGUGGGGUGGAGGAGCAGACUAACGCGUUUCUGGAUGGUUUCAAUGAAGUCGUCCCCCUCGAAUGGCUGCGAUACUUUGACGAGAAGGAGCUGGAGCUCAUGCUGUGCGGUAUGCAGGAGAUCGAUCUGAAUGACUGGCAGAAGAAUACAAUCUACCGGCACUACACAAAAAACAGCAAGCAGGUCCAGUGGUUUUGGCAGGUGGUGAAGGAAAUGGACAAUGAGAAGUUAUAAUUAUUAUUUUUUUUUCCACCUCCAAAUCAGCUCUGACCUUUCUGGCUGUGUCUUGCAGGAAGUAAUGGACACCAGAAGUUCUGCAUUGAUAAAGUUGGCAAAGAUACCUGGCUGCCACGGAGUCACACCUGCUUCAACAGACUGGACCUGCCUCCUUACAAAAGCUACGAACAGCUGAAAGAAAAGCUCUUUUUUGCCAUUGAGGAAACGGAAGGGUUUGGCCAAGAAUAACAGCUCUGGGCUGCAGUGGCAGACGGAGGAGACAGAUUCUUCCCUGGCACCAGGUUCCUUAUAACAGAUCACAAGGCCCAGUGUGGAAGCAGAACACGGCUGUCGCAUGGUUAGAGGCUGCAGCUGUGAGA